AAAUACGGAUAUUGCGCGUGUGAAUUGGGCGAUGACCUUUCUUCGGUGAGCGAAUUUCCAAUCAUGGCAGGAGCAGCUGGUAGAGGAGGGGCUGACCCUCCUUCGGUGGCUCUGCGCCUACCCCACGCCAAUCUCACACGAUACGAGGGCUUAUAUUUCACCUCUGCACAUUCUAUAGAUAUUACAGGUUAG